UUUAUUAAAGUUUAGCCUAAACUUAAUGAAACAAAGAUAGACUAAUAUGUUCUCUUAUCUAUACAGACAGAGGUUUUAUCUACAAAAGUGAUGGAAAAAGUAAAUUUCUCUCUGGAUUUACUUCUCAUUUGGUUCAUCAGACAAUGUGUGUUCGCUCAGCAUUGGAGGGUGACGGUCACCUCUAAUCACAUGUGUGUGCCCACGGGGUCAACAGCAGUCAUCCCUUGCUCCUUCACCCACCCUUCCGAUGUGACAUUUACAAAAGCCUUCUGGACGCUCAGGCCAUGGAGCGGUAGGAAUGGCGUCGAUUUGCGCAGGAACCCGGCGUACAGCGGUCGUGUGCACUUCAUGUGGGACGAGAGCGACGCAGGGCGUGUGAACAACGUCUGCACCCUGAGGUUAAGCGGGGUCAAGAGGUCAGACAGCGCCCGCUACUACAUCAGGAUCACAACACAAGAGGCCCUGAACCGCUGGCUGGAACGAGGACCCUGGUUGUCGGUCACAGGUUAUACACUUAUUUACAUGUUACAGUGUUAUGACUUUUACCUUCAACUUGCAGCGUGUGUGUGUGUGUGUGAGAGUGUGUGUUACAGCACAGUUAUUAAUGGCCAUAAAUGCUUGUUCAUAUUAGACCUGUCCGUCUGGUCUCCGCCUCGUCCAGUGACUGAAGGACAUGCAGUGAAGCUAAAGUGCAAAAACAAAUGCACCCCAUGGAGCAGCCCCACAGUGGUGUGGAAAAAGAAUGGAGAAGAGGUCAAUGACAAACAAACACAUAACAACGAGCUCCUCAUCCAGAGGGUCAGUCAUGAAGAUAUGGGCUACUACUCCUGUGCAUUGAAAGGCCAUGAGGGACAUCCAUCGAAACCAGUCAGGCUAAAUGUCUUGUUUUCUCCAAAGUUCACAUCAGUUUCGGUCAGUCAUUCUAACGGCAUCCAUCCAGUGACUCUGACCUGCAGCAGUGAUGCCAACCCACCAGUGGAGAGCUACACCUGGUUUAAGGUGAAUGAGUCCUCUCCAGUAGGAUCAGGACAGCAGUACAGCAUCACUAACAUCAGCUCUGAGGAUGGAGGACAGUACUACUGUGAGGCCAGGAACAAAUAUGGAGCUGAGAAAUCAUCUGCUGUGUCCAUCACAGAUAAAGGGCAGAACCACACAGUGCUUGGGAUGGUUGGAGUAGCAGCAUGCGUUGUUCUGGGUGUGUCCCUACUCACUGUUUUCCUCUGUAUGAGAAGACACAGUAAGGGUACCAAUUGCAAGUGGAAAGAUCAUCAGAAUGAUGUGGACUAUGUGAAUGAUCCUCAGGGAGGAGACCCUGGUGCCAUCCAGAUGAGUUCAGUCUACCAGAGCCUGAACCCCAACACCACCCAACCUGAUGGAGUCUACCAGAGCCUGAACCCCAACACGAUACAACCUGAUGGAGUCUACCAGAGCCUGAACCCCAACACGAUACAACCUGAUGGAGUCUACCAGACCCUGAACCCCAACACCACCCAACCUGAUGGAGUCUACCAGACCCUGAACCCCAACACCACCCAACCUGAUGCAUUUAUCAGAGCCUGAACCCCAACACCACCCAACCUGAUACAGUUUACCAGAGCCUGAAACCCAACACCAUCCAACCUGAUGCAUUUAUCAGAGCCUGAACCCCAACACCACCCAGCCUGAUGCAAU